ACAGUCCCUACCUGUAUUGACGUCAUCAAUUGUUUGCUGGUCCGGAAGCAGGUGAUUCUUGGGGCUGGUGCUCGUCGAAUUCCGAAGUCUGUUGGGGGGUUCUAUGGAAGAGAUGUCAGGAGAGAGCGUGGUGAGCUCGGCAAUGCCGGCGGCUACAACCCGGACCACCUCCUUCAAGGGCUCCAGUCCCAGCUCCAAGUAUGUGAAGCUAAACGUGGGCGGGGUGCUUUACUACACCACCAUGCAGACCCUCACCAAGCAGGACACCAUGCUCAAGGCCAUGUUCAGCGGCAGGAUGGAAGUCCUCACAGACAGUGAAGGCUGGAUCCUGAUUGACCGGUGUGGGAAACACUUUGGGACGAUUCUGAACUACCUUAGAGACGGGGCUGUGCCGCUCCCAGAGAGUCGUCGGGAGACUGAGGAGCUGAUUGCUGAGGCCAAAUACUAUCUGGUCCAGGGCCUGGCUGAUGAGUGUCAAGCUGCCUUGCAGAACAAAGAGUCAUACGAGCCGUUCUGUAAAGUUCCUCUGGUGACAUCAUUGAAGGAAGAACAGAGACUCAUCGCCACCUCUAAUAAGCCCACUGUCAAACUCUUAUACAACAGAAGCAACAACAAAUACUCCUACACCAGUAACUCUGACGACAACAUGCUGAAGAACAUUGAGCUGUUUGACAAGCUGUCGCUGCGCUUCAACAACCGUGUGCUCUUCAUCAAGGAUGUGAUCGGCGACGAGAUCUGCUGCUGGUCCUUCUACGGCCAGGGACGCAAGAUCGCUGAGGUGUGCUGCACCUCAAUCGUCUACGCCACAGAGAAGAAGCAGACCAAGGUGGAAUUCCCUGAGGCACGAAUCUACGAGGAGACCCUCAACAUCCUGCUGUAUGAGUCCCAGGAUGGGAGGGGUCCUGACAACGCUCUGCUGGAGGCUACGGGAGGUGCCGCUGGCCGCUCGCACCACCUGGACGAGGACGAGGAGCGCAUUGACAGGGUCCGUAGGAUCCACGUCAAGCGGCCCGAUGAUCGCACACACCACCACCAGUAACCCCUGACUGACCCCCCCCCCUCCUCCUUGACCAUCCAAAGCCCAGCCCAUCCCUGGAUGUGUGAUCCUGGACUCUCAGUGGACCAUGUGUGUGCCUUACUUCCAACACCCAGCGGCUCGCUCUCUCUUCUUCCCCCACAGCUGGAGCCCACUGCUGAGGAGAGACGAAUGGAGACUGUGUGUAGUGGUGAAGUUGUUUCAUGUAGACCAUCUUGUUUUGUGUAGUACUCUUGAGGAAGAAUGCCUGAGUCAUCCAACAUUUUGGGGUGUUUAAUGUCUCAGAGGUAGGUGGAUGCCGAGUUAGGUGAUUGGAUUUUCCACUAUGUGAAUUGGAUUAUGAAUGUGACGUCAAUUGUGUGGAAUGGAAUUGUGCCAGUGGUUAUACUGGAGGCAAUUAAAAUGUCAGCAUCAUGCAUUUUUCUUUGGUGCUUGCUUUGUUGCAGCAAGAAGAACAAGAAUCAUUACGCCUGUCUGAAGUGUAUGGAGACACUAUAAUGGCAGUAAAUCAGGUGUUCUACAAAAACAGUCCACCAAGGGGCAUUAUUGAAUCAAACAAACAGAGACAGGCAGCGAUGCUAUCGAUAUUCAAUUAAAUCGUUGCAUCUUCCUUUUGCCCCAUUCUGUGAAUAUCGGUUGAAUCAAAAUAUCAUACAAUCAGGUACUUCCACAGUCCCACAACGUCUUUUUAUUUUAUUUUUAUGAAUAGGUUUUCCCAUUUAACGCAAUGUCCCUUCAUGCCAUGUAAGUGAUUGCUUAAAAGGAGACAACUUCAGCUGUGGUGUGAAGUGUUAUCUGGGCUGAAAGAGCUCCAAGGCUGAAAUUAAUGUCUGAAACCAGAGCUCCACUCGAGGGCUUUUAACAGGCAGAGAAAUUAGACCUGUUAACUGUACAUCUACACACUGUGUCCCCUUUUAACAAACAGUGCUUGUAGAUUAAUCUGUACAAUUGUACAACAAAAUGUUUUACAUAUUUAUAGAUACCUUAUCACAAAUAAAAAAAUCUACAAGAA